AUGAUAAACACGGCAGAGUAUGGCAACAUGUCGUGGGAGCUGUCAGUACAGGUGGACCAGAGAGAUGGAGACGAGGGUAUGAGGUUUAAAUUCAGAGUCAAUGGAGACCUGCACAUUGGAGGACUCAUGCUCAAACUGGUGGAGAAGAUCAAGGCCCCUCAGGACUGGUCAGACCAUGCUCUGUGGUGGGAGCAGAGGAGCUGUUGGCUGCUGAAGACCCACUGGACCCUGGACAAGUACGGUGUCCAGGCAGACGCUGACCUGCGAUACACUCCCCAGCACAAACCCCUGUGCCUGCAGCUGCCCAACAUGAAGACGGUCAAACUCACCGUCAGCUACUCUGCCGUCGUCUUCAAGACCGUCGUAAAGAUCUGCAGAGCACUCAACAUCAGGAGGCCAGAGGAGCUGUCCCUGCUGAAGCCUCCAGAUAACCCACCCAAGAAGAAGAAGAUGAAGAAAGACAAGAACCCAGCGCUGGAAGACAUCUUAGAUAUGGACAUCUUCAAUGGAGGCUCUGGGGGAACAGGCAGUCCCUUGUACAGUAAGACCAUGGUGCCCACCUAUGACCCAGAGAACGGGACUCCAGCCUCGGCCACCAGCUUAUGGUUUGGGGACAACCCCCUGACCUCCAGCCAGCCCAACCUGCCCCCUGUAGAGCUGGCCAAGAUGUAUCAGCAGUUGUCCAUGGUGGACAAAGCCAUCAUCAACGCAGGGUGGCUGGACUCCUCCCGCUCCUUGAUGGAACAGGGCAUCGGAGAACAUGACAGAUUGCAGCUACGCUUCAAAUACCACUGCUUCUUCGACCUCAACCCAAAGUAUGAUGCUGUGAGGAUAACCCAGCUGUAUGAACAGGCUCGCUGGUCCAUCCUACUGGAGGAGAUCAACUGCACUGAGGAAGAGAUGCUCAUGUUCGCCUCCUUACAGUAUCACAUAUGUAAGAUGACCAUUUCCACGGAACCUCUGGACUUCUCCAAUGAACCGGAGAUAGAUGAAGUAGAGGCUGCCUUAUCCAAUCUAGAGGUCACACUUGGAGGAAAAACAGACAGAAUAUUGGAAGACAUCACAGACGUUCCAAAGCUGGCAGACUCCCUUAAGCUGUUCAGGCCUAAAAGGCUGGCAUUGCGUUCGUAUAAGGAGUACUGGUUCGUGUUUAAAGACACCACCGUCUCCUACUACAAGAACAAAGAGGCAGCUAGUGGAGAGCCCAUAGAACAGCUGCAUCUCAGAGGAUGUGAGGUGGUCCCUGACGUCAAUGUGACGGACAAGAAGUUUGGCAUCAAGCUGCUGCUCCCAGUGGCUGAUGGGAUGAGCGAGGUCUACAUCCGCUGUGACAACGAGACGCAGUAUGCCAAGUGGAAGGCAGCGUGUACUCUGGCCUCCAAGGGCAAGACCAUGGCUUACAGCUCCUACAGGUCAGAGGUGAAGAACAUCCAGUCGUUCCUGCAAAUGAAGAGUCUGGCGCCCCCCCCUGGUCAGUCUGCUCCAGACCUGGAAGCCAUGGAGAUGAACGCUGAGUGCUUUGUCUCUCCUAGAUACACCAAGAGGUACAAGACCAAACAGCUGACAGCGAGGAUCCUGGAGGCCCAUCAGAACAUUGCCAGUCUCUCUCUCAAUGAAGCUAAAAUGCGCUUCAUCCAUGCCUGGCAGUCCCUGGCUGAGUUUGGUAUCAAAUACUACAUUGUCAGGUUCCGAGGCAGUAAGAAGGAUGAGCUGAUGGGUAUCUCCUAUAACCGUCUGAUCCGUAUUGACAUGUCCACUGGCCUGCCUGUCACCACCUGGAGAUUUGCCAACAUGAAACAGUGGAAUGUCAACUGGGAGAUCAGACAGGUGGCCAUAGAGUUUGACCAGAAUGUGUCGAUAGCCUUCUCCUGUGUGAGCUGUGACUGUAAGGUGGUCCAUGAGUACAUAGGAGGAUACAUCUUCCUCUCAACACGCUCCAAAGACCAGAACGAGACACUGGAUGAGGAACUCUUCCACAAACUCACUGGAGGGCAGGAAUGAACCCGGAACAUCGGCUUUCACUUAGUGCUGCUGGCAAGAAAUAAUUUAAAUAUAUUGUUGAUAUGGUUUUGCAGACUACAUCAAAUAUUUGUUCAUAUUGUAAAUUGCAGAGAAAAGUAGAAUGUCUUUGUCACUAUAUUUAAUCCCGAGACCAUCUCUACAGGAUGGGUAGACCAUCUCUACAAGGCCACUUUGUCUGACGGUUAGGCCUGGCCUACUGCUUUGAUUGCAUGGUCCAUGUGCAGAGACAGCAAUUAAUUCAGCACAUGGGCUGUACAUCUUGUUUGACUUGGUGUAGCCCAGUCUUUCAAUUCAAUGUUGUAGGCUACUUUCACAAUCAAUAUAUGUUCAUUGCCCUGUUUUAUACAUAUUACUUGGAUGAUGUUUUAGAAUGUAACUUUUUUGCAAUUUUAUUACAAGUCCAAAAUAUAUUUCUGAGAUAGUUCUGGUGGUGGAUUAUUAUCGUGUUGAAUGAGACAUUUGUUUUCAGAGAAAACACUGGAAUUUCUGCUGACUGA